AUGGGAUGCGACUUCGAAAAUAACCCUGUGUACCCGACCAACGGCAGCGAGGUGAAGGGCAAGGACAUUGUACCCCACAUUCAUCUGCCCUACCAGGUGUUAGUCACCUUCUUCUACAUCUUCGGCAUCUUGGGUAAUAUCGCCGCUCUCUACAUUAUCACCAAAAAUGAAACGCAGAGGUAUAAAAAACAGACGUUCAUGUUGCGCUGCCUGGCUGGGAACGACCUGGUGGCGCUGCUGGGGUCCUUCGUCCAGAUGUACGUUAGACUUUACCUACCCAACCCCAACAAAAAGUUACUCUGCGCCUCUAGGGUUGUCUUUAGGGCCUUCGGUCUGGGCUCCGGCUGCGUCGCUCUCGUCAUGGCGGUCGAGCGAUGGCUGGCCCUCACUCACCCAUUUACCUACCAGAAACACGUGACACAUGCAGUGAUCCGGCGAGCCAUCCUUGGGCUCUGGACCUUCAACUUGCUGUUGGUGUGUGCACCCUUUGCGGGAUUCGGGCUAUGGUAUGACGAAUCCUUACAAACACCGUGUGCCCGCUACCGCCUCGCCAUCAAUCCCUUGGACCGUGCUUAUGCCUACCUCGUCUUCGCCUAUGGAAUGGUGAUGUGUGCAUUGAUCGUGUGUUGCAACCUGUCUGUGAUCCGUGUGCUGUGCCGCAUGCGGGAACGCUUGCUGCCACGGCGCCACUCCCGAGCAUCUUGUCGCAGCUCAUCCUCGACCUGCGGUGACCCAUCCAUGAACCACGCCACUACUGAGGAACUCUCAUUCGCUAGACUCAUGGCUGUCCUCUCCAUCAUUUUCGUUGUGUGCUGGGUGCCGCAGCUGACGACCAUCAUUGUGGCCCAGCUGGUAGGCAGUAACCCACUCUACAAGGAGAUCUACAAGGUUGCCGACCUCUUCAUUGCUCUCAACUUCACUCUCGACCCGUACAUGUAUGUGCUGUUUCGCCGUCAGCAGAGAUACACAAACCGUCAUCUGAGGAAGCUGAUGACGUACGUGUGCCCCUACGCGCUCCAGCCGUCCCCCCGGCGAGCCCUCAUUGGCUCUGUGAGAUCGUCCUCACACACCUCUCACAACACCAACGGUGAGUGCUUCAAUUAUUUGCUGCUACUUACCUCCUCUCACCAGUACUAUUGGAAACAGAACUGAUCACACACACAGCUGGUAAACACGCGCAGUUGGUAGAAACACAGCAUUGGCAGACACACACUGUUGGCAGACAUACAGGGAGCAGAUACACUGGGUGAACAGACACAGGGGAAGGGGGGCAGAUACACAGGGUGAACAGACACACAGGGUGAGCAGACACACAGGGUUGGUGGACUCGUACUAAAAGCUCUUUCCAGCUGCCUGUGCCUCACAUUAAAGGUUGGGCCAGGAUCCUAAGCAG